AUGUCAUUCGACGCAAUCGUCGUUGGUGCUGGUAUCGCUGGUCCUCCUCUAGCUGCUGCGUUGGCUAGAGAGGGUAACAGUGUUUUGCUCGUUGAACGUGAUUGGUCAGAGCCAGAUAGAAUUGUUGGUGAAUUACUCCAGCCAGGUGGCGUUGUAGCUUUAGAUAAACUCGGGUUUAAACAAGCUUUAGAGGGUAUUGAUAGCAUCCCAGUACUCGGUUACUGCGUCAUUUACAACAACCACCAAGUUCCAAUCCCGUACCCAAUUCCCCACCAAGGAAGAUCAUUUCAUCAUGGCAGAUUUAUACAGCAAUUGAGAAGAAUUUCAAAGUCACAGCAAGGUGUACAAACUCUACAAGCCACUGUUAAAUCGCUUUCCAUCAAUAACGAUGUUGUCACCGGUAUUAUCACUUCAGAUUCACAAUCAUUCACUGCCCCGCUCACUUUCAUCGCUGACGGCUGCUUCUCUAACCUCCGCAAAUCCGCUUUAAAGAAGCUUAAUCCUCCAAGAACCUGCUCCUGGUUCGUCGGUUUGAUUCUCCACGACUGUCAACUCCCCAUGCACCACCACGGCAAUGUCAUCCUCGGCGACGAUCACGCAUGCAUUCUCCUCUACCAGAUAGGCGAGAACGACGUGCGCAUUCUGAUGGAUGUCCGCGGUGAUCGUCCCUCCACUUCAAAGCUACCAGCACACAUCCAUUCCCAUAUCCUCCCAUAUCUCCCCAAAUCCGUCCAGCAACCCCUCUUGAAUGCUCUAGCUGACCCUGAUCAACGCCUACGCAUUAUGCCUAACACUUACAUGCGCCCCUCGGCCCAGCGCAGCCAUACACGACGUGGUACUGUCCUUAUGGGUGACGCACACAACCAACGCCACCCUUUAACUGGCGGUGGGAUGACGUGUGCAUUGACAGAUGUGCACACUCUCUCUACCGAGCUACGUGGUGUUGAUUUGAGGAAUUGGGAAGACGUUCAUAGGUGUCUCAGAAACUGGGAUUCACAAAGACGCUCAACGGCUGGUACUGUGAACACUCUCAGUAUGGCGCUUUACGAUUUAUUUAGCGGUGAUAACGAGAAUUUGAAGGUUUUGCGUCAGGGUUGCUUUGAGUACUUUUUGCAAGGCGGUGAGUGCGUCAAUGGGCCAGUCGGACUGCUCAGCGCUGUCACUCCCCAACCACUACUCCUCUUCUACCACUUUUUCGCUGUAGCGUUUAAGAGUAUCGUUGUGCUAUACAAGCAGUCUACGCACAACUUGCUCUUCACCACCUACCGCGCCCUGCACGUCCUCCUCACUGCUUGUUACACCCUUCUACCUACCAUGGUUAUGGAGUUGGUGCCAUUGGAACGUAUCCUCAACCGUGGUGUCUUUAUCGCAAUCGUCGCACUCUUUGCACUCAUUAUAGCCAUUUAUACCCAGUAUAGAUAG